AUGUCUCUAACUAUAAAUGAAUAUAUUGAAAAAUUAUUCACUGUAUGGGAUACAAUUGAUUUUAUUGUAACUGAAAAUGCUGGUGGUGAUGAAACAAAAGAAAAGUUAGAAUGGUUUAGAGAAGUAUGUGCUGAAUACAGUAUGGAUAAAGACAACACAGAUCCAAUGGAAUUUGCUGAUUGGAUUGACACAAUCUUAAAUGAUGAAUUUAAUGUUAUACUUGAAGAUGAUUCUUCAGUUUCUAUUGCUAGAAAUAUUAUGAAGUACAGUGAUGCUUUGAGGAAAGAUGAUAAAAUACAAAUAAAUGAAAUUAUUCAAAAACUACUAAAAGUUAUUCAGGAACGUAGCAAAAAUUCAAAUAUUAAAAGGAAAGUAGAGGGAGAUAGUGAUAAUGAGGGUAGUACAGAUGACAGCUCAGAUGAAGAAAUGGAAAUUGGAAAAGAUAAACCACAAAAAGAUAAAAAACCUAAGCAAGUUGUUGAUGACGAUGGAUGGACAACGAUUCAAAGACAUUAA